AUGAAUAACCGGCCGGUCGAGCAGGCGCUGGGCACACUGCUGCCCACUCAUGCGAAUGAUCUCCCUCAGGAGCUUCUGAGUCUGGCGCUGUCUCUAGUCGCGCAAUCUCGAAGCUUCUCCAGCAGCUUGAAGCCCGAGGAGGAGAUCGCUCGGCCCUAUGCAUGCGCUGAAAUCGCUUGCAGGAGACUGAGUCGUCCUCUCAAACUUCCCCCGCUACUCGGUCACCCACCAUGUCCUCCACGCAUCUACAAGAAGCUCUAUUCGUACCUUGACAAGUCACUCUCCACAAGUUCGAGCGGAAUUAAGCGCUCAGCCAGUGUCUCUGUCUCCGGAACGCCGCCUCGCACUGCGUCCGCGCAGACAACCCCUACCAAGGGCUCAACUGUUCGCCAGACCCCUUCGAAGCCGGCUCCCACGCCCCGCGGUCUACAGAACACGCCCUCGAAAUCUACGCCAUUGAAGAGAAGUGUUAGCGUCGCCAACACACUGGCGUCGCCCUCCAAAUCGGCUCGCAAGUCUACUGUAUCUCGUCCGAAUGGCAUUCAUGGUUCAACUAUUAUCCCCGAUGCCCCAGAUUGGGUGAUGACAGGCAUCCGCACGGUCUGCAAGACACUAUCGACCCCUGCACCUCGCACAAAUACGUGGUCUCGACCACCGAUUUCCAGAACCCUGCCUCCUCACAUCUUUUCCGGCGUUUCCUCCAUCCUCUUUUUGACAUCGAGCAUGUCCAAUGAUGAAGAAGGAAUCAACGAAGAAACCUUAGACUUCCUGGAACCCAUUGUGUCGAUUCAGGGCAACGAGGAUGACUUCCGGGAGCUCGUUUAUGCCAUGGUCGUGGCCGUAUACUUCCUUGUUCUCACUCGACGACGUAACCCACCGCCAUCCGAGGAAGACGAGGAACAAGACACUGAAACCCAAAAGAUGGACAAGAAGACUUUCAACGAAAUGCGUCAGACGGCUCUCACUAGUCUCGGCCUGUCCACGGACCGACGUCACCGCGACGACGUUGACCAGUGGAUUGCAGUGAUCAUGGAGCAAGGCUGGGCUAACGGGCAGGAAUGGUUUGAGAACAUCCCUUUCUCUGGGGAGCUGAACGGUGAAGAUGAAGAGGGCCACUCGUAUCAGGAUCUUGAUGAAGAGGAUGCGGUCUUGAGAGGUGUGCGAUUGCCCAAACGCCAGAAUGCAGCAUCUGGUGCUUCUGUCUCUGUUCCGCGCGGUGGUCUUUUACCCGGUCUGGGAACUAUGAUGCAGGAUCGCAUCGACUGGUUAAGUGAGGACAAGCAGGAGGGCUUUGUAGAGUGGAAAGCGGACAUUCUAGCUCGCAUGGAUGGCAUGCAAAGCACUGCAGCCUGA